AUGCCUCCCAAUAAACGGAUAGCGGUUUGGAUGUCCGACAAAAAGCUCCAAAAAGUGAAUUGGCAGGAAUUUAUAACGUUCUUUGAAAGUUAUGGGUUCGAGGUAUUCAAACUGAGUCUCAAACAAGAUCUGGAUUCUCAAGGCCCAUUUUGUGUUUUGCUCCACAAGCUGACGGAUAUUAUUGCCUCUGCUAAUUUAGGUGAUAUUAGGUGCUCUAAAAUUAUCCAAGACGUAGAAAGCUACAUAUCCCGGAACAAGUCACUAGUUGUGAUAGAUCCAUUACCAAAUGUGAAAAAGCUCUUAGAUAGACAUAGCUGUUACAGUAUAAUCCAUUCCACUAAUUUAUAUACCUAUGAAGUAUUCACUCCAAACUUUUGUACACUAAGUGUGGGUGAUGUUGACAUUAUCAAAAGUGAACUGAAAUCAGCCAAUGUGAUGUACCCCUUCAUAUGCAAACCAAUGCUGGGACACGGUUCACGACAGGCACACGAGAUGUCGAUAAUAUUCAAUGAAAAAUGUCUAGUAGAUAUCAAGAUUCCCUGCGUGGCACAGAGUUUUAUAAGUCACGAUGCUGUAUUAUUUAAGAUAUUUAUAGUAGGAGAUAAACACAGUUACACUGAUAGGCCUUCUUUGAAAAAUUUCCAAGCGUCCGACCGGGAGACCAUACACUUCGAUUCCAGUGAUGUUUCAAAGGCCGAUUCAAGGAGUAGGUUGUCUGUAUUAGACCCUGAAGAUAUUGUGAGGGAACGGCCAAAACCAAAUGGAAGGAUCAUUGAUGUGAUAGCUACUACCCUUAGGAAAGCCUUUGGAAUGGAACUUUUAGGAGUUGAUGUAGUCAUUGAGAAGUCAACUGGCAAAUACGCCAUUAUUGAUGUGAAUGCAUUUCCUGGUUAUGAUGGGUUUCCGAACUUCUUCGAAGCUCUUCUAGAAUGCAUUUCCAAAACGAUUUCUGCCAAUUUUACCUAG